UUGCUUCCUAAACUCUGUUUUGGGUGGAGGGAGAAGAGGAGGAGCACAAGCCUCCACAGUAGCAGCCGCCGCCGCCAGAGGCCGGAAUUAUUUCCUGGGGAAAGCGCAGCAGGCUGGGAAAGCGUUUCCGGAAGGCUGGCUACAUCCCGCAGCAAGGCUUUGGAGGCGGCUUGUGUGGGCGACAACAGUAGCCUUGAGCGCAGAGAAAGGGACCGAGCGGGUGGCUGUGGGCGCAGGAGGGGCCAGCGUGAAGGUGUCCAAAGGAAUGCUGCCUCACCUCCUCUCAUCACCCAGUGGCCAAUUGGGGCAUGGAGAAGAGCUUCUUCUUGGCAGGCUCUUUAAGAGCUGAAGGAUGCUUGCUUGCUUGCUGAAGAUUGCUGAAGGAUGCUUGCUUGCCUGCCAAAGUGUCCCUCCAGGAAAACGUGUAGCCUCUUCACCUUAGCAAACUUGACCCUUCAUUUCAGAAAGAGGUUUGAGAAAUGAGUAAGAGUAUGAAGAUUCUCUACCCUUUUCUGCCUGCCCUGUGAGCUGUUAUAAAUUCACUUGACAGCCAACCGAAUUCCAAUUAAUUACUUAAGGAUAACGUAUCAGAACGUUUAUGCCACUGGUGCUUGCAUCAAGGGCUAAGAAAAGUGGCCUUCUGCAGAAGCCUUCACCAAAGAUUGGAGAGUUUGACUCUGGUGUGGAAACCUUGGCAGGGUUUAUGGCAAGCAACAGCACGACAGACAUUGUGAAUCGGAACGGUCCCGCCACUCCACCCAACACGCUUCACCUGCGCUCCUCCCAUAACGAACUGCUGAAUGCUGAAAUCAAGCACACGGAAGUCAAGAACAACACCCCUCCAAAAUGCAGAAAAAAAUAUGCAUUGACUAACAUUCAGACAGCCAUGGGCCUUUCUGAUUCUGCUGCGCAGCCCCUGCUGGGCAAUAAUUCCUCCAAUAUAAAGCUGGUGAAGAAUGGAGAAAACCAGCUUAGGAAAGCAGCAGAGCAGGGACAACAGGAUCCCAAUAAAAAUCUGACUGCUCCUACAACUACUGCAGGGAUCAACAUAACUUCUGAGAAGUUGGAGGGGAAAGAGCCAAAGCAGCAGAAUUCUUCAGGCAGUGAAAUACUGCCAACACAACGCCGGAGAACCAAGAGCUUCCUAAAUUACUAUGCAGAUCUCGAGACAUCAGCAAGGGACGUUGAUCAGAAUUAUGAGAACAGCCAAGUGGCAGGGGAGGAGAAACUGUCCUCACAGUGCAACAGCCAGGCAUCCGCUGUGAUUGUUAAUGGGGAUGCCUUGCCUCGGAAACAAAACAAGCCAGCGAGUCCAGAAGAUGGACAGGUAGCGACUGUAUCGUCCAGCCCAGAGACGAAGAAGGAUCAUCCUAAAACGGGUGCCAAAACGGACUGUGCAUUACACAGGAUUCAGAACCUGGCACCAAGUGAUGAAGACUCUAGUUGGACAACAUUGUCGCAGGACAGUGCAUCUCCAAGUUCACCAGAUGAAACAGCAGAUAUAUGGAAUGAUCACACAUUUCAGACAGAUCCUGACUUACCACCAGGCUGGAAAAGAAUCAGUGACAUAGCUGGGGUGUAUUAUUGGCACAUACCAACAGGAACAACCCAGUGGGAACGCCCCAUAUCCAUACCAACAGAUCUUCAAGGUUCAAGAAAAGGAUCGCUUAGUUCUAUCACACCGUCUCCCACUCCUGAAACUGAGAAACAGCUAUGGAGUGAUUUUGCUGUGCUGAAUGGGGGAAAGAUUAAUAGUGACAUUUGGAAGGACCUUCAUGCAGCCACAGUAAAUCCAGACCCCAGUUUAAAAGAAUUUGAAGGUGCAACACUGCGCUAUGCCUCUCUGAAGCUCAGAAAUGCCCCACAGUGUGAUGAAGAUGAUUCCUGUAGCAUCAACAGUGAUCCAGAAGCCAAGUGCUUUGCUGUGCGUUCUUUGGGAUGGGUAGAAAUGGCAGAGGAAGAUUUGGCUCCUGGAAAAAGCAGUGUUGCUGUAAACAAUUGCAUCCGGCAACUCUCUUAUUGUAAAAACGAUAUACGAGACACGGUUGGCAUUUGGGGAGAGGGGAAAGACAUGUACCUUAUCCUGGAGAAUGACAUGCUAAAUUUGGUCGACCCCAUGGACCGCACUAUUCUUCAUUCACAGCCCAUUGUAAGCAUCCGAGUCUGGGGAGUAGGUCGUGACAAUGGCCGAGACUUUGCCUACGUAGCGAGAGACAGAGAGACAAGGAUUUUGAAGUGCCACGUGUUUCGAUGUGACACCCCAGCAAAAGCCAUUGCCACAAGCCUGCACGAAAUCUGUUCUAAGAUUAUGGCUGAACGGAAGAAUGCCAAAGCUUUGGCUUGUAGCUCAUUACAAGAACGGACGAAUGUCACCCUUGAUGUUCCCUUGCAAGUAGAUUUCCCAACACCAAAGACUGAGUUGGUCCAGAAGUUCCAUGUGCAGUACUUGGGCAUGCUACCUGUAGCUAAGCCAGUGGGCAUGGACACCCUGAAUGGUGCUAUAGAAAGUCUCAUCGGUUCCUCUAGCAGAGAGGACUGGAUGCCCGUCACCAUGAAUGUUGCUGAUGCUACAGUGACAGUCAUCAGUGAAGGAAAUGAAGAGGAAAUUGUGGUGGAAUGUCGUGUACGAUUCCUGUCUUUUAUGGGCGUGGGCAAAGAUGUCCAUACGUUUGCCUUCAUUAUGGAUACAGGAAACCAGCAUUUUGAGUGCCAUGUUUUCUGGUGUGAGCCCAAUGCAGGCAAUGUUUCAGAAGCUGUUCAGGCUGCUUGUAUGCUACGGUAUCAGAAGUGCUUGGUAGCCAGACCUCCUUCACAAAAAGUCCAGCCACCUCCUCCUCCUGCAGACACAAUGACCAGAAGAGUCACAACUAAUGUAAAACGAGGGGUAUUGUCCCUCAUUGACACUUUGAAACAGAAACGUCCCAUUACUGACACGCCAUAGCAGCCCUGCAGGAAAACAAGGUUUCUUGGGACAUCCAGAAGAAAAUGCAGUAGCCACAAUAAAAGAAAUGAACUGAUUUUUGGCCUUCCAAUUUAAAUGGGUGAUGCUUUGUCUUCAGAGAUUUUACCCUUAUCAAAUAAUAUUAGACAAGCAUGUUCUCUCGUCUUUCCACCAUGUGAUAUGAAAAGAAGCAUGAGUAAUUUUUUUCCUGUGAGUUUUGCACCAUGAAGUGGAAGGUCUGUUUUCCAACUGUAAAUAUUAUGAACAUUACUUAAAUUCACACAUACACAAGAAGGGAAUAUGGCACAUUACUCCUAAUCCUUGGAGACAACCAUGCCCCGAUUGAUAUUCAUCACCAUUCUGACCUGGAUUUGUCACAAACAGUCCUUAUAUCUUACAGCACUUUGCCCUCAUUUUUGACACUGAAGUACAUACCAAGUAUUAAUUACCAUUGUAUUACUGUAAUAUGAAUACUGAGGGUUUUUUUUACAAAACUACAUUUCAUUAAUCAAUCUAUCUCGUGCACCCUAGUAAUCAUGUUUCAUCUUUGGUCUGCAAGUUAGGUGUGCUUCAACAUGAUAGUUUCCUAUUCAGAUUGCAGUCUAUUGGAAAGAGUGUGCAAACAAUAUUAUAAUUGUGACAAUCACAUGUACAUCUGUUUCAGUUUUAUACCAAUGCUGGGAAGCUGCGCUUGGUACUUCCUUUCCAGCACACAUAUAUGUACAACAAAAUAGAUGGGCAAAAUUGUCACAUGGUAUUAACUACAUGUGGUUUGCAUGCUUCUUUCUUGUAAAGAAGUGCUGCCCCAGUAGGAAAAUCUAUCAUAUUUGAAUCGUUCUUCAGUCUUGGAACUGUGCUUGCUGAAAUACCAAAUCAUAUUUAAGAGUUCAGAAAAAAGUUUUGGAGGAUGUAUUGGGUUUUCAUUUUGAAUCAGACAAACCCCAGCACAAUGGCUCAAGUGCCUCUUACAUUUUCCAUAGAUGCUGGCCAAUCCUUUUGUAUGUCUUUACUUUGAUACAGUCAGGAAGCAAAUGUAGAGAUUGGCUAGCUGAUGGGUGUACAAGGCUAAAAAUUACAGGCUUCCCCUAUUGAAAACUGCAUACAGAAGAACAGGCCUGUGCAUAAAAAAUGUACCUUGAUACUUGACCCGUAAUCUAUAGGGUAAGUGCACCAAAAAUGGAAUUUUAGCUAUACAGCAUGAGAAAAACAUCUUUAACUGAGAAGAGGGAGGAAGACUCUAGUCUCAUUCAUUAGUUUUCUUACGACAGGAGUUGCGCUAGGUAACUGUGAAUGAAUGUGCAUGGGUUUUUACUUGAGUUCUAGCACUAGAACUAUGACCUUCUGUUUCAUUUCUUCUCGCUCAAGUUGGGUGCUGAGCCAGUAGUUUUAUAGCACACAAAGGACAUUUUGCUGUGUAAGAUCUAUUCUAAUUUGCAGCCUUUUGAGGAACUAUAUUUUAUUGUGAUUUUAAGUUAAGAAAUUGUACAUUCUGCAUUAGAUUUUGUGUGUAAUGCACACUAAUCAAAAUGUUUGACCUCUGAAAUUCCAAGUAAAACUUGUCCUGUUGCAGAUGCCAUGACAAACUCCACAUGCUUGUUCCUUCUAAUUGCACCUUAUGCUAUGUGUUAUUUCAGAUAGUUCUUUGUUUUCACAUGUAUUUAUCAUUUAUAUAUAAUAUGUAGCACACGUUCACUUGCACAGCUGCCAAAGGAAAAGCCUUAGAACCCAACCUAUGGUAUGGUUACUUAUGCCAGUAUGUAGAAGGUACAUGAAGAGGGGCAGGGGAGGCAACCUUGAGUUAAUGCACCCGCCCCCAGACCACAGAAAACCUUUUAAAGAUAACCAGAGAUUAUAUCCAUAAAUGCAUAUGGGAGUCAACCACAAAGCCUGCAGUUUGUUCAAAAAGGUUUUAAGUGUAUGAGUCUAAGGCUUACUCACCUAUGCUGCCACAUGUGCAAGUCAGCCUGUAGUAUCCCAACAAUCUGUGGCACAAGGGAGUAAGUAGAAUACUGCAUUUCUGAUGGCUGGCAAUGCCAGUCCUGAAAGUGUAGAGAGAUGAAAAGGCUCCUUCCACACAGUCAAGUCUUGCACAAAUAGGAAAAGCUAUGCACGCAAUCCUGCAUGAUAGUUACUCAAGCGUGUUUUGACAACAUUUGGAGCUAUAGCUAAUUGUAGCUUUCCCCCCAUGAGUGCCCACAGUAAAAUAGAUACGUGUGUUGUUCAAGUAUGAGGGUGUUGCACAUGCUUUUUUACUACACAAAAAUGUCAGUGUGUGCAAGAGUUUCCUGUAUACCAGUUGUGAAGCAGGUACAAAAAGGCUGCAGAAUUAUACUAAGAGGAGCAACUAGGAACAACACAGAGUAAGAAGACAAUGUAAGCUGCUCAAAAAAAAUCUCAGCAUCCAUAACGACUUCCAUUUUCUCACAAACCCCAAAAAGGUUUUUUUCCUUUUCACUCUUGCUCCAAUGAAUAGCUGGUGCCAUACCAAGCAUUGUGCAAACUGGUUUUUACCAAUAUAAAGGCGACAUAGGGCAGGCUUACAUGUGCAGGUUUAUCACUUGAUGGCUACAACUUCAAGCAGUAACUUGCACGUGUGACUGAGCCACCAUACCACAUUCCUUGUGGAUCACCUCAAACAUACUGUGAGACUUCUCAGUGAAGCCACUUCACAUUCACCUGCAGGUGAUCAAAUUAGUAACUGUCUUCCUCCAUUUUUAUGAGGUAUGUAUUGCAGGUUAAAACCAGAAGUGAGCCUAUGCACAAAGAUACAUAAUACUUUUUUAGUUUGAAUUAACCCUUUUUUAUUUUCUAGUUACUUCACAUCAAUGGUGAUGUCAGUUAUGUAUAGGGAAAGUUAUCACCCUAAGAAGGGUAGCCACAUGGCUUAAUAGCUCUAAAAGUUAGGGUUACCACAUGUCCUUAUUUUAAAAGUGACAUGUCAAGUACAAUGUACUUCUAAAGAAGGCAACUGCUUGGGUCUAUCUUUGAUAAGUACUACCAGUCUCAGCUGGCUCUUGACAAAAACCUCUUUCUCCCCAUUUUUUAAACUGCAUGCUAUAUUGGCAGCCUUCCUUCUUAAAAAAGAAAAGUGAGGAACAGUUCCAAAAAUUGCAAACAAUAUGCUCAAUUAUCUUUAGGUACUUAAACCCACACAGGAGACCUUGAUUCAUUUGUAUCUAAUUGGCAUCAAGCUUGGGUUUUUUUUAUUAUGGCUAUUUCACAUUCAGCAAGAAAUGUACUAAAGACAGAUAUUCCUGCUGAAAACAGUAAGAAGACAAAGUAUUUGUUUUGCAAGUAGCUUUUGGAUUAGUUCAAAAGUUUUAAAAGCUAUAAAACUUGUGAUUACUUUUCAGCAUUUUAAAUUCCAUUAGCUGAGAGUUAUAUCCUACUCCUUUAAAAUUAAACUUUUACACAUCCAAGAAACAUAUCUGAAUUUAUUUUAUCUUAUUUUAUGGAAUCCCUAUGUACAGAGGUAGUGCCUCUCUGAACACCAGAUGCUGAGGACAAACAAUAGGGAAGGGCAUCUUAUUUAUGCCCUGCUUAUGAGGCUGACCACUGUUGGAGACAGAAUGCUAGACUAGUUGGACUUUACUCUGAUCCAGCAAGGCAGUUCUUACCAGACAAAACACAAACGCUUGUCGAUGACGGCCAAAAUGUAUGUAUGGGUUGAGUGCAAACAAAUGCCAAUGACUUUACUCAAUGUUGUAGUGACACUUCUGUUAUCUAUGCAUUCUUUAUAUCGCACAGGGCAGCCAUGUUCACUAUGCCUUGGAUGUUUCUUGUCUUUUUUUGAUUAACUUGUUAAAUACAGCUUAAAUAUUUUUAUUUUAUUUAUUCUAUUUUUACUGAAAUAUUAUUCAAUUAUGUUGACAUAUCUUUAUUACUGGAUUCAAUCUCACGUGAUAUCCAGUGCUAAGUAAUCUCAGUGUACUAUAGGUUGCCUAAAGACAGAGGAUUUUUGUAAUUCUUUGUAGUCACCUUUUUAAUUAAUUAAAUAUGUAGAAGUAAAAUGGCAAAAUAACAUGUAAAGCUAACUUCUAUUAUUUUUUAAAAACACAAAAAGCAAGUUAGAUGCUGCUGUCACAGACCACCUCAUUUGCGUACUCCAUUGAAGGAAGGGAGAUUGUUAACCAGUCAUUUGCGAUAGCUCAAUGCUUUCCUUCUCUCUCCCAACCCACAGCAGUGCUUUGAUGCUGUUGUUACUUUGUUUAUACAAACCAAGUACUAUUUCUUUAAGUAUGUUUAUUUUUCAUAAAGAUGAAGAAUCGCCUACAAAAGGAAAGAAAUUUGCAUGAAAGGGCAUCAGUCCUACUUCUGUUACAAAGAGUUCUGAAUGAUAAACUGUGUGCAGAACUGCCCCACCUUAAAGGUAAAGGAGAGGACCUUUAAUAUCUGAGUAGAAGAAAACCUACAGAAAAUACAAAGCGUGCACCACUUGCCAAGUUUUUAAGAGCCUGUUUAUUUUUAAAGAAUUCUGCAGUCAAUUAAACAGAUCACAUAUGGAGGAAGAGCGUUAUUUUUAUUGUGUUAACUCACAAGAGCUCAGCCUCUAGAGCUCUAUCAUUACCAUCAUUAGCUGCUCUCCUUGGCAGGCAUAGUUAUUUUGAAUGAGAGAAGUGUGAAUGAGCAGAAGUAGGUUUGAUUUAUUUCACUAUCUGCAAAAGAGAAAGGGGGAAAUACACAGAGUUUAUCAAUAAGAGUUCUUAGUAUUAUAUGAAGUAGUUGAUUUUGAAACAAAAGGUUUUCUACCAUUGUCCACUUUUUACACAUUUAAAUGUAAUCUGUUGCAAGAAUAAAUUU